UUCUAUUGCAAGGAUCUCAGUUCUGUCUUCAUCAGUGAAAAGUGCACGAAAGGUUCCUGAAUCACCGAAUUUUAAUCAUCAAGAAUGAGCGAACAAAGAAUUGACAUUGUGGUUGAAGAACGUCAAAUAUUAACCACGUACGAUUUCACCAAGAAACUAGCCGAAUUCAGAAAAUUUUUGAUCGAAAAGAAAUACAUAACAAUCGACGCCGACGACGGAGACACUUGGCGAUUCUACGUAGUAGAAAAUGGUAAGGCGACUGAUACAGUUCGCCUGGACGAAGAACAAUACAUUCCGGUCAGCGUACACAUCUACGACACUAACAAGAUAUUCGUGGGCAAUCUCAAGAAAAAACUAGAUGUGUUCGCUGACACACUUCGACAGUACUUCAGGUUCGAUGUUAGUCAUAAUCUUGAUGACUUGCGUAAACUUUUGACCGAAAAAAAAUUCAUCGACGCUGAUACGGACACGAGUGCUUGGCGAUUCGUGUCACCAAGUGCAAAAGAUUUGAAGGAUAUAACUGAGGCAAUAAUUGGGAUACAAAGUGAAGAUCAGAUGGUGGUCAAGAAGUUUCUCUACGGCAGCAAUAAAGUGCGUUUGGCAGACAUUAAACGCAAGAAGAAUCCCGACCUAAUUGGUGUCGCUGCGGAUUAUUUCGAAAAUAAAGAUAUUCAAGUUACAAUCCAACGGAAUGAUGGCCAUUCAUCAAACAAAAUUGUGCCAAUAUUGAUGACAAAUGUAAGACCGGCCAAUAAACUUGGUGUGAAGGCGGAUUUUAGCAACGUCGUUCUGUGCGAAAAGGAAACAGAAAUAGGUAUCCGCAUUAACACCAAAACCCAUGGAGGUUUUGGAUACAGUAUAACAGUGGAAGAAGGUGAUCCUAUACAGGGAUGGAAUUGUGUACCAUUUACAGGAUGGACGACGUGGACGAUGGAUUGGUCGAGACAUGCGAUUGUAGUUACGUCGGCUAAAGACUUGGGCAUUCCAACCCAAGAAGCAGUCGGACAUCGUCGUGUAUAUAUUAAAGUUUGGAGAUACCUUUCAUAUAAAGAUAAAACUGGUGUACACCAAGUGGACGAAAACGCGCCGAAACCGAAGGCGAUGUCGAUUCUGAGUGGCGGCAUUGAUGUUGCAGGUGGUGAUGAUGUAGAGAGUGGUGCAUUUAAAGAAGGUGAAGAUACAGAUAAUCACGUCGGGGGUGGUUGGAUAGCUGAUCAAGUGGAAGACAAAAAUGAAAUUUUGGGUGCAUUUGACAUUGAUUUCUUUGUAUUUAAAACGGCGGAAGCUGCACAAAAUAUGGUUGAAUCAAGAAUUAAUCCAGUGUACGACUAAGGCAGAUGCAUCUUUAAAUAUCGAGAAAUAGAUGUGACGCAUUGAGAAAUAAACACAUAAUUAU